AUGUCAGGCCUUCUGCGCGGAAUGCUGAAAGUACGGUCAACUGUGGCUUCGAGGACACAUGCAAUCAACCAGCGAGCAAACAUAUCCAGUAAACCCCCUAAAGACAACAUCGGCGCUGCAGUGAGUAGGCCAAAGAUAUUUAUAAACCUUUUUUGUUAUUUUCUUGUUCUGUGAGUAGGCCAUCGUUGAAGCUAGCCAGCUAGUUCAGACAUUAGUUAGCUGAUUUGAAUUGUGCACCGAAGUUAAAACAAACUUAUCAAAAUUAUGUUGACUUUUAAAUUAAUGCAGUUCUUGCAUGCCUUAUUAUUGGCAAUGUGGCAAUAUUACUUGCCAACCUGUGUUGUUGGGUGACGUGUAUGAGUAUGACAGUCCUGUCUGCCUCUGUUCACAGGAAACAGCUUUCGUCAUGAGUAUUUUUGCAUUGACCAUACUUGGACCUUCUGGUUGGAUCCUCGCCAAUGUUCAGAACUACCAGAAGCGCUGA